UCGUCGCGCCAGCAGCGGAUCGAGCGUGUCCCUUAAAUUAGCCCGCUCUUAAUUAGCCCGCGCCGUGAACUGGGCAUGGGGUGCCCAAUUUGCGACCGCGUCCACAGCGCAGCGCGAACGCGUUGCCCCCGGCUCCCGAGUCUCAGUCCUCCUCCCCCUUCUGACAUCAUCCGCCCCCCAGCCUCCCCGCCUCCUCCUCCCCCGCUCCUCCUCUCGCCUCGACUCUCUCUCCACGCCUCGGCUGCACGGCGAUGCAAGGCUGAGCCGCCGUCGUCCCGGCUCUCCCCAAAGGAACUCCACCGCCUGGCGCGUCGCCGCCCACACCAUGCGAGACGACUCGCGAGCGUUCAUGGAGGGCGACGUGGAACACAGCGGCGUCUCAGUGCGGCCUGCGACCAAGGUGCCCAAGCAGUGCCGCGAGGGCCCCAAGGUGCACACGGACCGGACGCGGCUGCUCGCCGAUGCCGGCAAGAAGCGGCGCCAGCGGUAUGUCUCCAAGGACGGCAAGUGCAACGUGCACCACGGCAACAUGCGCGAGACAUACCGCUACUUCACCGACCUCUUCACCACGCUCGUUGACCUCAAGUGGCGCUUCAACCUCCUGGUCUUCACCCUGGCAUACACGAUCACAUGGCUCUUCUUCGGAUUCAUUUGGUGGUUGAUCGCGUACAUCCGCGGGGACCUGGAUCACAUCGGUGACAAUUCGUGGACGCCCUGCGUGGACAAUCUGAAUGGCUUCGUGUCUGCCUUUUUAUUCUCCAUCGAGACGGAGACAACCAUCGGCUACGGCCACCGCGUGAUCACCGACCGCUGUCCCGAGGGGAUCAUCCUGCUGCUGGUGCAGGCCAUCCUGGGCUCCAUAGUCAAUGCCUUCAUGGUGGGCUGCAUGUUCGUCAAAAUAUCGCAGCCCAAGAAGCGCGCCGAGACACUGAUGUUCUCCAACAAUGCGGUCAUCUCCCUGAGGGACGGGAAGCUCUGCCUCAUGUUCCGCGUGGGCGACCUGAGGAAUUCACACAUCGUGGAGGCGUCCAUUCGAGCCAAGCUGAUGAAGUCCAAGCAGACCAAGGAGGGGGAGUUCAUCCCCCUCAACCAGACGGACAUCAACGUGGGCUUCGACACGGGGGAUGACCGCCUCUUCCUCGUCUCGCCGCUCAUCAUCUGCCAUGAAAUUAACGAGCAGAGCCCCUUCUGGGAGAUGUCGCGUGACCAGCUGAAGAAGGAAGAGUUCGAGAUCGUCGUGAUCCUGGAGGGCAUGGUGGAGGCCACCGGCAUGACGUGCCAGGCUCGCAGCUCCUACCUGGAGGCCGAGGUGCUGUGGGGCCACCGCUUCCUGCCCGUGCUCACGCUGGAGGAGGGCUUCUAUCAGGUGGACUACGAUACCUUCCACGACACCUACGAGUGCAGCACCCCAGCGUGUAGCGCACGCGACUUCGCCGAGACGGCGAGCCGCAGCGAGGCGGAGCGGCGGGCGCCGUCCAUCUCCAGCCGCCAGCUCGCGCAGGGCCCCGACGGCGAGGCCCAUGAGAGCGGCGCGCCCGGGGGGAGCGAGCAGAGCGAGCAGAACGGGGACGUGGCCAAGAUGGGCAGUGAGCUGAGCAUGUAAAGUGCUGGGUGUCGCGGUGGCAGCGGCGGCGUUGAGGGGGUUUGCGCGUUUGUUGAAGGCGGCGGCCGUAAGGGGGGGGGGGGAGGCGGGUGGAGAGAGAGGGACAUGAGCGUUUGAGUGAUUAGCCCGAGCCGUUUUGCCACGCGACAUUCCAAUCUGGGGACGGUGUUUCGCGGAUGUGUGAGCUACGAUCGUUGUUACCGGUGUACCCCGUACGGAGGAAAUUUACAUGACUUGUCUCGACCACCCUUGCCUUAACUGAAGAAUCUCUCUCUUGUAGUGUCCGCCUUCGGUGAAAUCGACUUCUACGCACUCCGUCUAAACACAUAUAAAGGGUGUUUGCUCGUUAUAUUUAAUAAAGAAACACGACACGUUC